UAAAAAAUGGCGGUUAUUUUGGAUGAGAAUCCUGAUUCAACGUAACACUUAAAAAUGGAGUGCAGGAUUCAAAAAACAAUUGCCAUGGAUCCGAUAGCUGCAGCUUUCGAGGAACUAUAUGAGAAAAGUCCUAUACCAAUGCUUAUGCCGCAUAUGUUUGCCAUCAGCGAUGGUUAUCAGCAGUGUGCACCAUCUUCGUCUGUCAGCUUCAUUAGACCACCUCCAAAACCGAAAAGAAAAUUUGUUCUUCAGUCACUUAAGAAACUGAGUGAUGAUUGCUCAUUGGAACAGGAUUCAUCACUUGACAAGUCUGUGGAUUCGUUGGCAGUAGAGAGUAUGUCAGUUACAAACGAGGAUAAUCCCGAACUCGGUGAUAAAACUGCAGUUGAACUUGACGAUAAUGAGACAGAAGAUGUUUCAACCAAAAUACUGGUUGAUACUAGCACAGAGUCAAAUGUACAUUCCAAAAGAAACAAAAAAGAUAAAGAGGAAGUGGUAUAUUCUGAAGUUAUUGCAAAAGGCAGUAAAACAAGAAAAGAAAAGAACAGUAAAACAAACAUGCAUUCUGAAAGUAAUGAAAAGGACCAACAGUCGAGUGUACACUCUGGAAAUAAGGAGAAAGAGAAUAAAACAAGGAAAGAAAAAGUCAAUAAUAAAAUAAGUGUACAGCAAAAAGGAAAAAAGACAGCUGUGCAUUCUGAUGGCAAAGGAAAAGGCCAUACCAAUAAAGAGAACCAUGAAGUUGUGGAGACCACGUCUAAUAGCCAAACUGGAGAUGGUGACAAGGUUUACAUUCUUUCUGAUUGGAACAUUAAGCCUGCUCCACAAUGUCGAGGAGUUCUUGUUGAGGGGAAACUUCAUGGAACCAGUGAUGAUGUUUUGUGGCAUAGCAGUCCAAUAAUCAAGAGGAUAGCUAAGCAAACUGUUUUAUCAAGUACAGGAUCAACAUACAAACUGAAGGGCAGACUCAAUCAGUGUGCUACCAUGGAAGCGGGUUUUAUCGUGGCAGUUGUUAUGAAGUUCAGAAGUGGUUUUCCCAUGGAUUGGCUUGAAGUUAUCAGAGAGUACUACGACUGUCUUGAGAGCCAUGAAGAUCCAGAGCAUUUGUCAGAUAACAGACCAUCCACUCCAUCUAGUGUGAAUACUGAAGUUAAAUAUGACAAUUUGGUGAGCACUCCAACUGGAAUGGUGGACAUCGAGUCGCUUCCCCAUACAAAAAGCGGACGACGCAUCAAGCCCCGCCUGGCCUGGUGGAUGGGGCAACGGACUCUAGUUGAUCCUGUAACAGACAAGCUGUCAAUCAAAUGUAUGACACAAAAGGCGGAGACAGUUUUAAAUGAUCUGGCUUUAGAUGCUUCUAAUUAUUAUAGAAAGUCUUCCAAACACAAUAUUUCCUACGCUACCAAGAUGGCAAAUUGUAAAACAGAAAGUGAAAAACUAAAAACAGAAGUCAUGAACAUUGUGCAUUCAUCGAAAGUGAAACGUCUGUCAAAACAAGGUCUAACGCGAGUGACAUGUUACAGCAGUGAAACGGACUCUGAAAUGUUGAAGAAGCCAAGGGGUUAUAAACCAAAAAAUGCACAUGUUGUUUUAACGGACAUAAAAAUUAAGGAAACCGAGGCAAAAAGGAUUCAUCGUGAUCCUUUUAAAGUGGAUAGUGACUCCGAUGAUCAAAACAGAACACAAAAGCUUAAUAUCCGAACGAGAACUUCUGUUAAAAAUGGUUCCGUUUUGUCUCAGAGCGUGGACCAAGGACUUCAGGAAAUUGCAAGAGAAGCUAUCACUGACUGCAGGAGGAGUCUUCGGCAGAGAAAACCAGUAAAUUAUCAAGAAAGUAUGUCUAGAGUUGAUGCCAUGUUAAAUGUAAAGCGAACAGGGCGUUCCACAUCAGAUAUGAGUAAAUUGAGAUCCAAGCCAAGUUCGAAGUCAGGUGAAAGUUGUCGAGAUAGCAAAUUGAAAAAAAGAUCAGAAAAAUCAGUGGUAAAGUUGGUGGAUGACUGUCAUGAAACACAAUGGGAGCGAAGGACAAAAAAAUCGUUUAUCGAGUUGCGUGAAGAACAGCAAGGACAGAAAUGGUCCAAGCCUGAACAAAUUAAACUUGAAAAGGCACUCAGGGAAACUAACCACGGUCAUCCUGACUUUUGGAACAUAAUUUCAAAAGCUGUCGACACUCGCACAUCUGAUGAGUGCCAGGAAUUCUGUCUACAGGAAAUUCCAACUGUCAAGCAGAAGAAAAGACAAGGAAAAUCUUCAUCUGGCACUACAAAUAAAGACAUAGCUAGAGUUGGAACAUUAAAACGUAAGAAGCAGCUGCGUGAAUUCCUUGAGAGUUACAAUGACAAUUACUGUGCCGACCUAUUUGAUGCCACACCUAUGAGGUCAACAGCUUUGCUCAAGAAGAUUCCUCGGUUAGACAGUGAUGAUGUUACUGAUGUAUUCAACACUGCGACACCUGGCCUUCGACACCAGACACCAAACAUUCGCUACACUGUUCCUGUGAGAUCGACGGGCAAGACACCGUUUAACAGUCAGAUUAGUCCAUGGCUGGAGCCAGCACAUGGAAAAAACGUUGACCAGUACAUUUAUCGUGUUCAGAAGAAGAAGAGAAAACGGAUUCCUAAGAUACACCAGACUCCAUCUCACCCUCCUGAAGCUGUCAACACACCUGUGAAAGCAUUAUUCAAGGCCAGUGAUGACACACACAAUCUGUUUGAGGGCAUGGAAUAUAUCGAGGAAGAGGAGGAAGAGGGAGACUAUUACUGGACUGAUGACACAGAAAACUGACUCGGGGCUCGAAACUGCCUGUGGCCAGGUCGCCAAGUGUGACCAAUGUCCUCUUUGGGCGACUUGAAUAUUUAAAAAAUAAUGGCAUUAGUCGUUCAAAUAAUACUAUUCUUUGAGCGAUCUACUUUAAAUCUAUAGCAUAUUAGCCACGAUUAAUAUUCAUAUUCCAUUAUUUUUCGGGCCACCAUAUUUUUUGGCAAUUUUCGAGCCCCGUGACUGUUUUAUGAUGAUGUCUAACAAAUGAUAAGGAUCACUUCUACCAAAACCCUUACUGAACAUGAACAAUUUGUUAUAUCAACAAUUUUUGUGUCAUUUAAAAAAUAUAGAUAAUAACAGCUUUUUUUUCUUUUUUUUAAAUAUUUGAUGAAAUGCGACACUUGGAUAUUUUCAAUCAAUUUUGGUUUUCUGUUUUAAUAUGAUUAUGAUUAUUAUUAAAACAAAAUUAUUAUUUAGUUAUUAUUUUAUUAUUAUUAUUAUUAUUAUUUUAGGGUUGGGUGUGGAUGUGAAAGUAAAAGAAAAACAUCUAUAAAGCCACUAUUGAGACAAUAGGUCCAAAGCCGAGAAUAUUCCUUAUGUUUAUGUCUUAGGUGAUGUAUUUUGUUAUACAUUAAUCUAACAUGAUACCAAGAACAUUUGUCUCUCCCCCCCCCCCAAUGAAAAAUAAAUUCUUGGGUAUCAAAAAAAUAAGUUUAUUCAAAGAAACUAAUAGAUUUUUUGUUUUGUUAUGGGGAGAUAGUACUCUUGUCACACAGGUAACUUUAUGGUGUAUUUUUCUAAUGACGCUUGGGCAAAUGAAUUUCUUUAUAGGUCUCUCCAUUUGAAAAUAAUACAGUUGCUCUCCUGAUAAUAAUUCCAGGCAAGAAAUUACAAAUGAAAUAAGUUUCACACAUUUAAAUAAAGAAGAAAAAGAAGAAAAAACCCUCAACGCUUUCCAUUUUUGGGCCAAUACAAGGAGAGUGAGUAACUGCUUGGCUCUCAUGCAGUGGCCUGCUUUAAUACUCAAUGUUAACUGAUAUCAGUCUUGUUGAGAGUUUAAACUAUAAUUUUGCACACACAUCCCCUUCACUCCUGUGUGUUUUGGUUGGAUCUUAUCAAGUCUUCUACCGGUCCAACCAGAGGGGACUAUAGGUUUCAUCUCUGUCUGUCCGUCCGUCUGUCUGUCUGUCCCAUGCAUACUUUUUAGGAAAAAUUUUCGACAGUGUCUCAAGAUAUGUAGCUGCAAUUUUUGACUUCAAUGGUGAUUUACAAAUUUUUGACGAGUUAAGAACCUAGGAGAUAUGAAAAUUUCUUUUCUGCACAUAUUUUCGGAAUUCCUCAUAUACUGUUAGUUACAGUUACGGUUAAAUUUUAUGGUAAAGUUUGUUUUAUUUAAUGACGCCACUAGAGCACACUGAUAUGUUAAUCAUCGGCUAUUGGAUGUCAAACGUUUGGUAAUUCUGACUCGUAGUCAAUAGAGGAAACCCGCUACAU